GCGCUGUCUGACCUGCACUGACCAUCAGACCCUCAUCAGACAGAGAUUCAAAGACCAGCACAAAACCAGCAUGAAGAAAAGGUAUGAGAGUUUAUUUGAGGGAAUCAAACUAGAAGAGAAUCAAACCCUGCUGAACAGGAUCUACACAGAGCUCUACAUCAUAGAGGGAGAGAGAGAAGGAGUGAAUGAAGAACAUGAGGUUUUAAAGAUGGAGAAAACAGCCAGAACACAAGACACUCCAAUCUACUUCAAUGACAUCUUUAAACCCUUACAUCAACCAGGAUCCAAGGAGAAAGACCAAAUCAAGACUGUUCUUACUAAAGGCAUCGCUGGAAUUGGAAAAACCAUCUCUGUGCAAAAGUUUAUUCUGGACUGGACCGGAGGAAAAGCCAAUCAGAAUGUAGAUUUCAUGUUUGUGCUUCCAUUUCGAGAGCUGAACUUGAUCCGAGAUCAUCAGUAUAGUCUUCACAAACUUCUGCUGGACUUUCAUCCUGAACUUCAACAUCUGGACUCACAGAUUUACGAGGAGUGUAAAGUUGUGUUCAUCUUUGAUGGUCUGGAUGAAAGCAGAAUUACACUGAAGUUUUCAGAUGAUAAGAAAGUUUGUGAUGUGAAUAAGUCUUCAUCAGUGGGUUUGUUGAUGUCAAACCUCAUCAGAGGAGAGCUGCUUCCCUCUGCUCUCAUCUGGAUCACCUCCAGACCAGCAGCAGCCAAUCAGAUCCCCUCCAAAUACAUCCACCGUCUGACAGAAAUUCAGGGAUUCAAUGAUGCUCAGAAGGAGGAAUAUUUCAGGAAGAGAAUCAGUGAUGAACAUCAAGCAAGCAGUAUCAUCUCACACAUCAGAAAAUCAAGAACCCUCCACAUCAUGUGCCACAUCCCCGUCUUCUGCUGGAUCUCAUCCACUGUGCUUCAGAAGCUCCUGAAAGAAGAUGAGAGUGCAGAAAUCCCUCAAACUCUGACUGAAAUGUAUAUCCACUUUCUGCUGACUCAGAUCAACAUGAAGAGUCAGAAGUAUGAUGAGAGAAAACCAAAAAAUCUCCUGAAGUCCAACAGAGAAGUGAUUAUGAAACUUGCUGAAGUGGCUUUCAAACAGCUGAUGAAGGGCAAUGUGAUGUUCUAUAAGGAGGACCUGAUUGUGAGCAGCAUAGACAUCACUGACGCCUCAGUAUAUUCUGGGAUUUGCACUGAGAUCUUUAAGGAGAAAUCUGUGAUUCAUCAGAGGAAAGUCUACAGCUUCAUUCACCUGAGCUUUCAGGAGUUUCUCGCUGCUUUACAUCUGUUUUACUCCUAUGAAACCAAGAAUAAAAAAUCACUGAAGUUGUUUAUGAAUGAAGGAUAUAGGUGGAGAAUCUCUCUGUACGAUCUAUUAAAAGAAGCAGUUGAUAAAUCUUUACAGAGUAAAAAUGGACACCUGGAUCUUUUCCUGCGGUUCCUGCUUGGCGUCUCACUGGAGUCCAGUCAGAGACUCUUACAAGAUCUACUAACACAGACUGUGAACAGCUCAGAGACCAUCAAGAGAAUCACACAGUACAUUAAAGACAAAAUCAAGGGUGAUGAUCAUCUCUCAGCUGACAGAUGCAUCAAUCCAUUCCUCUGUCUGCUGGAAUUGAAGGAUCAGACUCUGUACAGAGAGAUUCAGGAGUUUGUGAAAUCAGAGAAUCAAUCAGUGAACCAAAUCUCUCCUAGUCACUGUUCAACAAUCGCCUACAUGCUUCAGAUAUCAGAGAAGGUGCUGGAUGAGUUUGAUCUGAAGAGAUACAACACAUCAGAUGAGGGGAGAAGGAGACUUAUACCAGCUGUGAUGAACUGCAGAAAGGCUUUACUCAAUGGCUGUAAUCUCACUGAUCAGUGCUGUGAAAGUUUGUCUUCAUAUCUAAAAUCAUCAAACUCCUCACUGAGAGAGCUCGACUUGAGUAACAAUGACCUGCAAGAUUCAGGAGUGAAGCUUCUCUCCGAUGGACUGAAUAGUCCACACUGUCACCUCUACAUAUUGAGAUUAUCUGGCUGUAUGGUAACCGAGGAAGGCUGUGGUUUUCUGGCUUCAGCUCUGAGUUCAAACCCCUCACACCUGAGAGAGUUGGAUCUGAGCUACAAUCACCCAGGACAAUCAUUAGUCAAGCUGCUCACUGAUCCAAACUACAGACUGGACAAACUCAAUUUGGAUCAUGGAGGACAGUUCAGGAUUAAAGUAGGACCACAGAAAUAUGCAUGUGAUCUCACACUGGAUUUAAACACAGCAAACAUCCAUCUCGCUCUGUCUGAGAGGAACAGAAAGGUGACAGGUUUGAAAGAGAAGCAGGCGUAUCCUGAUCAUCCAGAGAGAUUUGAUGUGUGUCAUCAGGUUCUGUGUAGAGAGAGUCUGUCUGGACGCUGUUACUGGGAGGUUGAAUGGAGCGGGCUUGGGCUUAAUAUAUCAGUGACUUAUAAAGGAAUCAGCAGAAAAGGGGACGGAGAUGACUGCUGGCUUGGAUUCAAUGAGAAAUCCUGGAGGCUGGACUGUAUUAAUAACAGAUUCACUGCCAUACACAAGAAGAAGAACACAGACAUAUCAGCUCCUUCAUUCUCUAACAGAGUAGGAGUGUAUCUGGACUGGUCCAAUGGUGUUCUGUCCUUCUACAGCGUCUCUGACACACACACACUCACACACUUACACACAUUCACCAGCACAUUCACUGAACCCCUCUAUGCUGGAUUUGGAGUUUAUUUCGAUAGUUCAGUGUCUCUGUGUGAGUUUAAAUAACCGUAAGAAACAAAUGAGACACAAGAGUUCAGUG